UCGUUGCUAACUUAACGUAAAUCAACCACAUGUUUUUGACUUUAACUGUUUCUAAUUAAGAAUUUAAUUGAUUUGAAUUAUUAAAAGUGAAAAAUGAUCAGAACAUUGCUUGGGUUGUGCGAUCCGUCGAGUCGAUACGAUGAAAGUUCAUCUGACUAUUUUAUCAAUCGGCUUGGUGGGAAACCGGAUUGGUUGGACAAUUCCCCGGAAAUAAAAGACAUCGAAUGCGACAACUGCCAUGGGACCUCCAUGUUGUUUAUCUGCCAGUUGUACUGCCCCAUGCAGGGAUCUGUCAAUCACAGAGUUCUCUACUUUUUUGUCUGCCCGCGAGAAGUUUGCAACAAGUCAUGCAAAAGUUGGGCUGUUAUAAGGUGCCAAACAAACAAACCAGAAGUCCCAGAGGUGCAUACCGAGUCUGUGGUCAAAAUUAAUUCAGCCUUCAAUGAAUUUGAUUUUGAUUCAAUGAAUUGGGACGCUCCUGCUGAUGAAACUGCAACAACGACGACGAUGAUGACCUCUGACAAUUUUCCACUAAACUCCAACGCUAAUAAUGUUUUAAAUAAUGUAGCAGCCAUCAAGCCAACAUUUGGUGCACAUUCUAGAGAAAGUCAAACAACAAACAAAUCAACUACACCUAGAAACAUUCUCUCGACAGAUAAUAAUAGUUCAAUAAAUAUUGAAACUGGUAGUACAAAAGUGCCGUCUCGUGAAGAAAAAACAAAUGAACACCAAAUGAAUUCUGUUGGAGAAGAUAUGUUGAGAUUAUCACUGCAGGAAAACCUACCAAUUAGCACAAUGACAGACCCAGAGACAGAGAAAAUUAUUAAAUCCAGUGUAUUUAAAGAUUAUCUCAUUGGUGAUGUAGGAGAACCACACCCCAAAGAAGUUUCUAAUUUUGAUAAAUUAGUGCAUGAACGGUUAAUGUUCAAACCAAUGUAUAUAGAUGUGAUUGAAGAAAUGGAUGAUGACGAUGAAGAUGACGAAGAUCUUGACGACGAUGAUGGUGGUGAUGGUGGUUCUUGGAAAGAAGGUCAAGGUGAUAAUAUGAGAGGGUGCUUUGAAGAUAAGGAUUUAAAAAACUUCAACUCGGGGUUGGGUAGCAAAUGUACGAUGGAUUCCUCCGAGGAUUUCAAACUCUACGACAUGUCUGACAUUCAACAGGAGUUUUUUGAAAGGGUGAGAAAAUAUCCCAAACAAAUCAUCAGGUACUCCUACAAAGGCAAACCCCUAUAUUACAACAAGCCAAUAAAACCCGAUGAAAUUCCAAAAUGUGAGUGCGGUUGUUCCAGGGAGUUUGAGGUACAGCUACUUCCCACCAUCAUUAAUUAUCUAGCGGUAGUUUGUACCGAAGAAAAACGUACUACACCCAUUUUUGAAAAUGUAGAUUUCGGCUCUGUCUACGUAUACACGUGCCCGCGUAACUGUUGGUCCAGUGAGGGUAUGACAUACAGGCGAGAAUACGUAGAAAUCCAAGUGGAUAGGGGUCUGGAUGAAAUUUGUAGAAGUAGCAGUGAUCGUCCCACUAGAAGAGGGAGAUAUAAAUUUUAAAUUACAGUUGAUGAUGGCUAUAAAUUUGAAAUUAUAGUUAAUUAUGGUUAUAAAUUUUAAGUUAUAGCUAAUUCUAGUGAUAAAACUAUCUUAAACUACAGUUCAUUAUGGUUAUAAAUUUUAAAUUAUUGUUAAUUAUAGCUAUAAAUUUUAAAUUAUAGUUAAUUAUGGUCAUAAAUUUCAAGUUAUAGCUAAUUCUGAUGGUAAAACUACGAAAUUAUGAAUGUAUGGUCUAAUUAUAGUUAAUUAUAAUUAUAAAUUUUAAACUAUAGUUAAUUAUGAUAAUAAUAUAAUUAGAAAUUUAUGAUGAAAAUUAAUAUAUAUAUGUAUAUAUUCAAUUCGUAAGAUUAACAUUUGCAAACUUCAAAUUUGUGCAAGUACUAUAGUUCGAUUCCGGUGUUAUCAAGCGAGUUUUUAGUGGUGUUUUGCUUUGCUUCUUCUUUCCUCCUCUUUUUUUCAUGAAUUAAUGAAUUAUGUUUUGUAAAAUAAGUUAAUUAUUUUCAUGAUCUAAUGAAUUAUAUUUUGUAAAA